AUGGGGAAGAAGGGAAAGACUUCUGCCGGGAAGGCGGCUGCAAAAGCCGCAAAGAAAGAAAAAGCGGAAAAGCAGGCCACCCGAAAACUCACGAAACAAGCAGCGAAGCAGAAAUCGCAGUCCAAUGCUACCUCGUCUUCGAGCCACUCGAAGAAGAACGGUAAGAAAGGCGCAGCAGUUGUAGAUGACGACGAAGAAGACCUCGAUGCUCUCUUAGCCAGAUAUCGGGAACAGUGGGAACAGGAGCAUGCUGUAGCCGAAGAAAAGGUUGGUGGCCCUCCUUCGCGCAGGGCCAAUGCAACCUUCACCCCUUGCCCACUCGGCAACGACUUGUACCUCUUUGGAGGCGAGUACUUCAACGGCGAGCGCGUCGCUUUCUACCAGGACAUGUACCGCUAUAUACCCGAUAAGAACGAGUGGCGCACGUACGCAUCCAAGAACCAGCCUGGUCCUCGAUCAGCACAUCAAGUUGCUGCCACCCCGGCACAGGGUGGUAUGCUCUGGCUGUUUGGAGGAGAAUUCUCAGGCGCGAGGCAGAACGCCUUUCACCACUAUCGCGACCUCUGGGCAUUCAGCAUAGAGUCGAAAGCAUGGGAACGCAUCGAUACCAAGCUGCGCCCCAGCGCUCGCAGUGGUCACCGUAUGACCUUCUGGAAACACUACCUUGUUCUCUUUGGUGGUUUUAUCGACACAGGUGUCAAGACCCAGUACCUCAACGACCUUUGGAUCUUUGACACGCAAAACACUUUCAAAUGGACCGAGAUCAAACAGAACGAUCUUCGUCGCCCACCACCACGCUCCGGGUUUUCCUUCCUUUCAUGUCCAGAAGGUAUCGUCUUGCACGGUGGAUACUGCAAAAAGUAUGUCAAAGGUCAACGCACGCAGGGCGUAGCCUUGGAGGACACAUGGUUGCUCAAGAUGGACGAGGACCUCACUAAGCUCGAUUGGGCCAAGCGCAGAAAAGUGGGUUAUGCACCCAACCCAGUGCGCAGCGGAUGCACCAUGGCACUUUGGCAAUCCAAGAGCAUGGGCAUUCUCUUCGGCGGUGUCACAGACACGGAGGCAGACGAGGAGACCAUGGAAAGCACCUUCCACAAGGAUCUCUACGGAUACCAGCUUCCAGGUACGGGCAGGUGGAUCAGUCUGAAUCUGAAACGUCCCAAGAAGAAAGGAGGCGCAGGCAGGAGGAAAAAGAAGCAGCAACAACAGCAACACCAACAGCAGCAGCAGCAUCACAGCAACGAUCAUGAUACGGACGACGACGAAGAGCACGACUACGCCUCGGACAAUGACGAUAGUGGCGAACAAGCAAAGGAUCUUGCAGAGUCGACGGACAGGCUUCAGAUCCAGAUUCCGACCCAACCACCGCCUCCAUCUCGAGUGCAACAAGACGAGGAAGAAGACGACCCUGACGACCCGCUCAAGACGAUUCCGCUCGAACGAUACAACGUCAUGCUUGCUGUGCAGCGCAACAUUCUGUACGUGUAUGGCGGCAUCUUUGAAGCUGGCAACCGAGAAUACACGUUGGACGAUUUCUACACUCUCGACCUGACCAAGCUGGAACGCUUCACGUGUCUCAGAGAAUGUCCCAUCGACGCGCUCGAAUGGGACGAGUCUGAAUCGGAAGAUGACUCUGACUCCGAGUCUGGCUCUGACACCGAAUCCGAAUCUGAAUCCGAAUCAGAGGGAGAAGAAGGGGACGAGAUUCCUGAAGGAUUCGAAUUCGACGAAAUCGACUCGGACGAUGAAGAAGCCAGACGCGCCAAAAUGUCGGUUGCCGAAAAGGAAGCGCUGCGCGCCAAAGCACAAGCUUUCAUGGGCGUCGCCUCCGACAGCGCUCGUACGGAGCAAGAGGUGCUCUCUACUCCUCAGCCGGGCGAGAAGCUGCGCGCCUUCUACGAACGCACCAAACAGCACUGGGCCUCGACCGCGCUCAUCGAGAGCCAAGGCAAAUUACGUGGCAAGGAAAUGCGCAAACGUGGAUUCGCGCUUGCCGACCAGCAGUACCAAGAGUACAAGCCCAUCUUGGAAGAGAUCGAAAGAAUUCGUGCCGAAGCUGGCUUGGAUGAAGCCGAGGCAGCGGUCAACAAGGUUGGCGGUAUCGGAGCCGGUAGCACCGGUGUCGAUUCGAGGAAUCGCAGGUGA